AUGGCGCCCCUAAAUCCCGCCUCUGAGGCAGCCAUCGCCAGACUCCGAAACUACAUCCCCCCGCCAACGACGUAUGACUCGGUGCCGCUAAACAGACGGGCAGCGGUCCUGAUACUGCUGUUCGCCGAUGCCAAGGGCGAUCUUAGAGUGGUUGUUACAAUCCGGGCUAAGACACUAAGUUCAUAUGCAGGAGAUGCAGCAUUGCCUGGUGGGAAAGCAGAGCUCACAGAAACCGCAUUCCAAACGGCGCGGCGCGAGGCAAGCGAAGAGAUCGGCCUCGCCGACAUCAAUCAAAAACUCCCGGCCCCGUUUAGCGUGGAGCACCUCUGCGAGCUCCCGGCAAAUCUUGCCAGAACGGAGCUGGUCGUGCGUCCCUGCGUCGCGCUCCUUCACGGCUAUGAUCCGCGGUCGGGGCUGACGGCCGAUCCGGAGGUGUCGCUUAUUCCCAUUCUGGAUGCCCGAGAGGUUGAGGCUGUUUUCACGGCGCCCUUGGAGGGAUUCUUGAAAAGUAGUCUGGAUGGGACUGGGAAUAAUGGACAUGAAUGGUAUCGUGGGGCUUGGGGGGUUUGGCAUGAUUCCAAUUGGAGAAUGCACCAGUUCUUUGUUCCCAGGCUGGGCGCAAAAUCCGACCACGAUGAUCAAGUAUACCGUAUCUUUGGCAUGACAGCACGCAUCAUCGUGGACGCGGCGCGGGUCGCGUACGCGCAGGAACCCGAAUUCGAACAUAACAGCCACUUCGGCGACGAGGAGAUGAUCGCCAAGCUUCGUCGGCUAGGUCGAUUAAGUGCGGUUCGUCACUCGGAUCAACUGACGCGCGAGACGAUGGAGAAGGCAGCCAAACUUAGUUAG